AUGGAUAACCUAUGGGCUCGUCGCACAAACUCCAGCAAGCUCUCCUUGACGACGCCAGCCAACGGUGCCCCAGGUGAUUUCGGCCGAUUUGCCUCCUCCUCCUCCAGACGCCAAGAUGGCAAGCUCGGAGCAUUUCCCUCUAACCCAGGGAGCGCUCUAGCCUCACCCACCACGGGCACUGGUGCCUCCAGCGCCUUUGGUCUAGGCUCGGGCGCCUUUGCAUCGUUUGGCUCUGCAAAGACGCCCAAGACGCCGGGCAACCCCUUCGAUUCCGCCAUGGCUUCCGCCGCGCCCAAGCAGGGUACUGGAAAAGAUGCUACUAAGGUGGUUGGAAAGGCGCGAAACAUGGCCUCUAUAUCAGAGACCAGACCCGCUGGGCCUGCCGUCGGCCAGAUACACCCGCUGAAAGACGCCUGGUCGUUCUGGUACCGCCCUCCCAUCUCAAAGGCCCAUGGCUACAUUGAGUAUGAGAACACGUUGCACGGAAUUGCCACCGUACGCACCGCGGAGGAAUUCUGGGGAGUCUACUCACAUCUCAAAAGGCCUUCCUCUCUGCCAGUCGUGUCCGACUACCACCUUUUCAAGAAGGACAUUCGUCCUAUCUGGGAAGACGAAGUCAAUAGAACUGGCGGAAAAUGGGUUGUUCGGAUGAAGAAGGGCGUGGCUGACCGACACUGGGAGGAUCUGCUCCUUUCGCUAAUCGGCGACCAGUUCGGGGAUGCGGGCGAGGAAGUGUGCGGUGCGGUGCUUAGUAUGCGUAAUGGUGAAGAUAUCCUCAGCAUUUGGACCCGGACUGAUGGGGGUCGUGUGCUGAAGAUUCGUGAGACCAUGAAGCGCAUCCUGAACUUCCCCCAAAACACCCGCGUUGAGUUCAAGAGUCACGACUCCAGCAUUCAGCAGAGGACCGCCAUUGAUGAGCAGCGUCGCGAGAAGGCUAUCCAGCAUCACAACGACAAGCGAAACGCUGGCACUUCAAGACAGGGCCACGAUUAA